GGGGGCCCGCGCCCGCCCCAGGCUUCGGCGUUCUACUCCCGGGUCCUGCACGUUCCAUUCCCAGGCGGCCCUGGGGCGCGGCCCGAGCGGCCCCCUGCGUCCCCGGGUCGGGGCGCCGAAGCCGCGACGCAGGCAGACUGACCAUGGCGGAGUUCUCCCAGAAUCGGAGCAAGCGGCGUGACGGCGAGGUGCUGGGAGGCGCUAUAGACUUCCUUCUGGCCAAUGCCCGCCUGGUGCUGGGAGUGGGUGGAGCUGCAGUGCUGGGCAUUGCCACCCUGGCCGUGAAGCGGCUCAUCGACAGGGCCACCAGCCCCCGGGACGAGGACGACACCAAGGGGGACGCCCCAUGCCUGGAGGACAGCUGGCAGGACCUGAGCCUGCUCAAGGCCACACCACGCCUCCAGUCCCAGCCCCCGCCUGCCGCCCUCAGCCAGCUGGUGCCGCCUCCAGCCCCCUCACUCUCUGCCCCAGAAGGGCCUGCUGACACAGGGCCCCAGACAUCGCCUCAGCUUAGCUCGCCAGCACCGCCGCUGUGUCUGACGUUCCAGGAGAAACUGCUGGCUUUUGAGCGGGAUCAUGUGACCGUGCCAGGGGCUCACGUGUCUCUGGCCAAGCAGCUGGCGGGCGACAUUGCCCUGGAACUACAGGCCUAUCUGCGGAACAAGUUCCCAGACCUGCCCUUCGGGGCGCUCGUGCCCGGUGGGCCACUCUACGAGGGGCUGCAGGUGGGGGCUGCCGACCCUGUGCGGCUCCUGGUGCCCCUGGCACUGGAGCCAGGCCUAUGGAGCCUGGUGGCCGGCUCGGACACUGUAGCCCAAGACCCUCGCUGCUGGGCUGUGCGUAGGACUCAGCUGGAGUUCCGCCCCCGCGGGAGCAGCCCCUGGGACCGCUUCCUGGUGGGCGGCUACCUCUCCUCCCGGGUCCUGCUGGAGCUGCUCCGCAAGGCCCUGACCGCCUCCGUCAACUGGCCAGCUAUCGGCAGCCUCCUCGGGUGUUUGAUCCGGCCAGGCGUGGCCUCAGAUGAGCUGCUGCUGGAGGUGCAGCACGAGUGCCUGGAGCUCACCGUGGCCGUGCUGCUGGCUGUGGCCGGAGCCCAGGACGGAGACCUCUUGCUAGCCUGGCCCUUGGAGGGGCUGGCCGGGAACCUCUGGCUGCAGGACUGGUACCCGGCUGAGGCUGCCCGGCUGCGGGCCCUGGAUGAGCAGGACGCUGGGACCCGCCGGCGGCUGCUGCUGCUGCUCUGCACUGUCUGCCGCAGUCACCCAGCUCUAUGGCGGCUGGGCCGGGACCGCCUGGCUCAGGUGGUUCUGCGCCUGGGUGAGCAGGAGGCUGACUGGGCUGAGGAGGCCCUGGGGGAGCACUUCCUGCAGGCUCUGGAGCUGCUGCUCAGCAGCCUGGAGCGGGCCAGCCUGCCCAGCCACUUCAACCGCAGCGUGAACCUCCUGGAUGGCCUGCGGGAGGAAGAGAUCGACGACUUGGGCUUUGCGCUGUACCGUGGCCUACAGGCCCCCGAGGGGCUGCUCUAGAGGGUGGACGCAGCUGGGCAAGACACCGCUGCUUUUAGCUGGAAUGAGGGGGUGUGGGCCGCCCUCUUGGCUUGCAGGAGCUGCCAUGAGUCCCAGGCAGGGAUGAGACCACUGUCAUUUUCUGUCCUGAGGGUGUCAUGCUUCCCCUGGGUGCGGGCAUCUCCAGGCUGCUAGUGCUUGGGUGGACAUUGUUUGGUACCCCCCCUGGGACUGGAGUCACCUGGGAUCCUCAGAACAUAGCUUUUGGCUGACCCUCAGGCCUGUUUUCUGUGCUGUGUGCCUGGUUUGCUCUCUAGCUUUGACUAGCGGGGGCUAACCUGGGGGAAGGCCCUUCCCCUCUAGCCUCGGAGGCCCUGGGAGGGCUCUGUCGUCACUGGGGGAGCCAAGGCUCUCUCUGCUGCUCGCCUGGCCCAGAGCCUAGGAUGCCCCUGGCUGCUGCCAGCCUGGCCCCCACUGUGCCAACACCAGCUGUCCUAGCUGACCCUGUGCUCUCCCUGGAGCUGGCGGGGGCUUGGGCGGGGGGCUGUUGUCUGCCUCCCCUCCCAGGCAUCUCUCCUCUCUGGUAUCCUUCCUGCCGAAGUAAAGCUAUGCCGCAAGGACUGUGAAUGAGAAUAAAAAAGAAAAACUCAAAUGUC